AUGAGGAAGAUUAAGAAAAAUCUUGCUAACAAGAAAGUGGACAUUGUUCUAAUUCAAGAAACAAAGAAAGUAGUAGUUAUCACUAACCUUGUUAGGUCUAUGUGGCCUAGUGACUGUUUCGAAUUCAUGUCUAUUGAUGCAAAAGGUAGAGCUAGAGGCUUGCUGUGCAUUUGGAAUCCAGAGCAGAGCUGGUCAAAGUGUAGGGUGGAAGGAUGGGCUGGGUUUAAAUGUCUUAUGAAAUUAAAAACUCUGAAGCUGGCACUAAAACAAUGGAAUGGAGAGGUGUUUGGAAAGGUUGAAACUAGACUUAAAAAUGUUGAAGAUGAGGCUCAUGCUCUUGAUCUGUUAGCUGAGGAGAGAUCUCUUCUUGGUUCUGAAAUAAACAGUAGAAAUUACUUAAGUUCAAUCCUAGUGAAUGGGUCGAUAAUUGAGGAACCUAUGGAAAUUAGGGCUAAAGUUAAAGCUCAUUUCAUGAGUGCUCAGGUGGUGGAACAAUUAGAGGCAAAGUUUAUAGAAGAGGAAAUUAGAAAUGUUAUCAAGAGGUGUGAGGGCAAUAAGGCCCCUAGGCCUGAUGGGUUCAACAUGGCAUUUUUUAAGAAAUGUUGGGGAAUUGUGAAAUCUGAUGUGUUACAGUUCAUGAUGGAUUUCCACCAAAAUGCUAGUUUUGUUGGUGGGAUAAAUAGCUCCUUCAUAGCUCUUAUCCUAAAAUCUAAUAGCCCAUCUUGUCUAAAUGAUUAUAGGCCAAUUAGCUUGAUUGGCUCUAUGUAUAAGCUACUUGCAAAGGUGUUAUUAGAUAAACUAAAAUUGAUAAUGCCCAAGAUCAUUGGUGAGGUUCAGUCAUCUUUUUUGGGAGGAAGGAAUAUUCUUGAUGGGGUUUUGAUACCAAAUGAAAUAGUAAAUGGGUGGAGAAAAUCUAAUAGUAAAGGCUUAGUUCUUAAAUUGGGUUUUGAAAAGGCGUAUGAUUCAAUUAAUUGGGAGUUCUUAUUUUCCAUGCUUUUAAAUUUUGGCUUUGGAGAUAAUUGGGUGAGAUGGAUAAGAGCUUGUGUGUCUUCUGCAAAGAUUUUUGUCUUGGUCAAUGGGUCACCAACAUCUAAAUUUAGCCCACAAAGAGCCGAGUGGGUGGAAGUGGUGAAUAUCAAGCGAAUUUUAGGAUGUUUUGAGAUUUUAUCAGGCUUGAAAAUCAAUUAUCAUAAGAGUGUAAUUUGUGGGAUUGGGGUGGAUGAUGGGUUGCUGCAUGAGUUUGCUAAUAGACUUAAUUGUCUACACCAGAAGUUACCCUUAAAAUAUUUGGGGAUGCGUUUGGGGGCCAAUCCAGGUAGGAAAAGCACUUGGAAACCAAUACUGGACAAGUGUAUGCAAAAACUGGCUUCUUGGAAGAGGAGGCUGCUCUCUUUUGCUAGAAGAUUGACUUUAAUCAAAUAUGUUAUGUCUAGUCUGCCUAUUUACUACCUAUCAUUAUUCAAAAUUCCUGUUGGAGUGGCUAAAGAGAUUGAGAAAAUGCAAUCAGCUUUCCUUUGGGGUGGAUCAGACCUUAAAAGGAAAGUACAUUAG